AUGCCUUCGGUGUCCCCCGUCCAGACGCUGCGUCGCCGCGCGACUCCCUUGCGCACCGCAACAGUCGAAGGCUGGGUUCAGCGCCGCAACUCCACUCUCUCCGACUCGAUAUCCGAAGCGCGCCACUCUAUCCGCUCCUCCACCGACUCCUUGUUUCUGCCGCGCGUGCCCCGGGAUUCCGAAGGCCAUGUAUCGACCGAAGAGUCACAUUGGCAUUCGGCUCCGCUGGGAUUGGCCCUCCUGCCCGCCAUCGCGGGGGUUUUCUUUAAGGAAGGGAGCGCGUUUGUGACCGACGUCACCCUGCUGGUUUUGGCGGCCAUUUUCCUCAACUGGUCCGUUCGACUGCCGUGGGAUUGGUAUCGCUCGGCGCAGGGAGUUCGACGAGAGGAGGGUGUAUUCGAGUCUGCUGCUGAUAAUCCCAUCGAAUCGGAAGCGGAUGAGCCCGACGCGACAGACGGGCACAAUGAUGUCCCGCAGACGCAUCCAUCGACCAGCGCAGCAGCCACUCAAGAGCUGCAAAUCCACGAGCUCGCGGCGCUGGCAUCCUGCUUCAUAUUUCCUGUCAUUGGGACAUGGCUGUUGCAUGGCAUCCGGUCCAGCCUCUCCCGACCAUCAGAGGGCCUGGUCUCGAAUUACAACCUGACGAUCUUCCUGCUGGCAUCGGAAAUCCGACCUGUUGCACAUCUACUGAGGCUAGUACAAUCGCGAACCCUCCACCUGCAGCGCAUCGUGGCACCCUCGGGGGCGAACGAGAUCAUCGAUCCCGCCAAAGUCCAAGAUAUCUCCACGCGCCUCGACGAGCUCGAAGCCCACGUCGCCGAGGCAGCCGCCGCACGUCUGGCUGCCUCCCCUGGAUCCAAUGAAGAGGGUGCGCUCUCGCCGCAUGAACCUGCAAAUAAUGGCCUGGCGUUGGUAGCUCAGGCCGUCGCCGAAGCACGACGAUCAAUGCAACCGGAGAUCGAAGCUCUGAACCGCGCUGUCCGACGCUACGAGAAACGCACAGCGAUCACAACUCAUCAAACCGAUACCCGUCUGCAGCACCUUGAAGGUCAAACGCGCGACGCUCUCGCCCUCGCCGCUGCAGCGCAGCGCUCCGCUGCGGACCACCGUCAAAACUACGCGUUUACGCUGAUCAACUGGGCCUGCGCAUGCAUUGUUAUCCCCACCCAGCUGGCUUUGUCGAUCCUUAGCCUCCCCAGUCGUGCGGCAUCGCACUGUCUCCUCGCCGCUCAACGUUUGUUGCGUCGCCGUCCUGCUCCGCGGCCUCGGUCGAAGCGUGGGAAAGGAAAAGCUGCUAUGGGGUCAAUUGAUUCUCGAGUACGCGCACACUCGCCUCCGCCAUCGCGUGUGCCGGCUGUUGCGCCACUCUCGCGGCAGCAGGAAUAUCCCCAGGGUUCUGCACGGAGCACUCCGGCGAAGCCGAUCUAA